AAACUCUUAUUGAAAACAAAAAAUUAUACGAAGUAGAAAUUAAGAGUUAAUUUUGACUGAGGAAGCAAUUAAACCAUCUCUACUUCUCGACCUUCACUACUUUUACUUGGAUUCUGACAACAUCCUGUUAAAACAGACAUGAUUAAAAUCACCAAAACGACCAAUCCUAUCACAACGAAUAUGUAAAUAUUCAUUGUUUCCCUUGUUGAUGGAUGAAUGUGGAUCGUAUGGUGUGAGUAAAUUAAAUGACAUUACUUAUGAAUCGAGUAAAGGAAAACACUUACGAUUUCCAAAUCGCCUGUAGUGCUCAUCUUCACAGCCGAUUCCAUUGAAAUUAGGAUUUCGUGAAUUCUCCCUUGAGUUUUCUCUGCUGACUGAUUUAAAAAGAAUCGAGGGUUAGGUUGGAAAAAGAUUAAAGAUUUGGAGGGUGAAAACUAUGAGUCAAUGAAUUAAGGACUGGGGCGCCAUGGAAAUAAAAGAAGGGGAAUUGGUGAAGCUGCUGGACAUUGCCUAGAACAGAGAGAUUGUUUACUUAAAGAUUUAGAAAUUCUGACUUGACUGUAUCCCCGUGCGAUGCCGCCAGAUAUACCUCUUUGUUCGGCUUUGGUGGCUUGCAUAACUGCAUUUGUAAUGAUUACUGUCUUGAAUUGGGAUGUGCUUGAAAAGGUUGAAAAGUUUCCUUCCAUUGCUCAGGUCAGGUGAUAUAAGCAAGUGUUAUAUUUUAUUUUAUAAGAUCUCUGUUUUUUUUUUUUUUUAACAGAUUUUUACAAGGGAUUGGGUUCGAACCUCAGGCCUAGAUGGGGAAUGCAUCAUGAGUGGUUAUUGUCACUUGACUCGAAGGAUUCGGUGCAUAAGAUCUCUGUUUUAUUUUUAUAUUAGCUGGCAAAUCACAUGAUUUUAUAACCAUGCAUGUAAGAUAUGUUAUUUGUCUCAUUUCAACAAUGAAUUUCUUACUCUAUGUGCAACAGAAAAUAAAAAAUAAAUUUUUUA